AUCAGAGCGGCAAGCAAAGCAGACAAGGGAUUUUUGUUUGUUUGCUUUGUAUGCUAUUCUAUUCUACUUCGUACAGUGAUGAAGGUGUCACAUUCAUCAAGACUCCUCUCCCAUGUCCCUAAUUUAUUCAAUUCAUUUCGCUUCUCUGCUUCUCGGUGAGCUCAGAGGACUCUGAUUCUGCUGCAGAUUGCGACAAAUAUUAUGCAAACUUCUUGCGCCCUCCUAUCGUCACCUUCUCGUGGGUCUUUCAUACCCAUUCCGACUAAAAAUCUCUUGCGGGCUCCUAGAAAUAAGAGAUCUUUUGCUUCACCAUGCACUACUGGUGCCAUCUUUGAAUCUCAAAAGCUCUCCAGGGAUGUUUUUUCUAUUACAGCAUCAAGGCUUAGGAAUGACAGAUGGAGGGAGCACUGUUCAAAUAUUUCAUCUGUCUUGACUGAUGACAGUUCAACAAUGGCGGACGUAGAGAAAGAAAUUGAAAAUAUCCACAUUCUUGGCCUAGACCAAGGGUUGGAACCGUAUAAAGAUCACUUCAGAUAUAGAACGAAGAGAUAUUUGGAUCAGAAAAAGCUCUUUGAAAAUUUUGAAGGGGGUCUUGAGGAAUUUGCUUUAGGUUAUUUGAAAUUUGGGUUUAACAAAGAAGAAGGCUGCAUUGUCUAUCAGGAAUGGGCCCCUGCUGCUCAGGAAGCAGAAAUUAUUGGUGAUUUCAAUGUGUGGGAUGGGUCCAGUCACAAGAUGGAGAAGAACCAAUUUGGUGUAUGGAGCAUAAAAAUUCCUGAUUGUGAUGGAAAGCCAGCUAUUCCACACAACUCCAGAGUUAAGUUCCGUUUUAAGCACAACAGUGGUGUUUGGAUUGAUAGGAUCCCAGCUUGGAUAAAGUAUGCUACAGUUGACCCUACAAAGUUUGCUGCACCUUAUGAUGGUGUGUACUGGGACCCACCAGCUUCUGAAAGAUAUGAUUUUAAAUACCCCCGCCCUCCUCAACCCAAGGCUCCCCGGAUAUAUGAAGCUCAUGUUGGGAUGAGUAGCUUGGAACCUCGUGUAAAUUCAUACCGAGAAUUUGCUGAUUAUGUUUUACCCCGUAUAAAGGAAAACAAUUAUAAUACAGUCCAGUUGAUGGCUAUAAUGGAGCAUUCCUACUAUGCAUCAUUUGGAUAUCAUGUCACAAACUUUUUUGCAGUGAGUAGUAGAUCUGGAACACCAGAGGACCUUAAGUACCUGAUUGAUAAAGCACAUAGCUUAGGUUUACGGGUCUUGAUGGAUGUUGUCCACAGCCAUGCUAGCAACAAUGUCACCGAUGGCCUCAACGGCUUUGAUGUUGGACAAGGUUCACAAGAUUCUUACUUUCAUACUGGUGACCGGGGCUACCAUCAAGUGUGGGAUAGCAGGCUGUUUAAUUAUUCUAAUUGGGAAGUCCUGCGUUUCCUUCUUUCCAACUUGAGGUGGUGGCUAGAAGAGUACAAAUUUGAUGGAUUUCGAUUCGAUGGAGUAACUUCAAUGUUAUAUCAUCACCAUGGAAUCAAUCUGACAUUCACAGGAGACUAUAAUGAGUACUUUAGUGAGAAGACAGAUGUUGAUGCUGUGGUUUAUUUGAUGCUGGCCAAUACUCUGAUCCACAGUAUCAUGCCAGAUGCAACUGUGAUUGCUGAAGAUGUGUCUGGUAUGCCUGGACUUUGCCGGCCUGUGUCUGAGGGUGGUAUUGGGUUUGACUACCGGUUAGCAAUGGGCAUUCCAGACAAGUGGAUUGAUUACUUAAAGAAUAAGAGUUAUGCAGAUUGGUCAAUGAAAGAAAUAACAUGGACUUUGACAAAUAGGCGAUACACAGAGAAAUGUGUAGCUUAUGCAGAGAGCCAUGACCAGGCUAUUGUUGGAGACAAAACUAUUGCGUUUCUCCUAAUGGACAGAGAAAUGUAUUCUGGCAUGUCCUGUUUGACAGAAGCUUCUCCUGUUGUUGAUCAUGGAAUUGCACUUGUCAAGAUGAUUCACUUUCUAUCAAUGGCAUUAGGAGGAGAAGCGUAUCUAAAUUUCAUGGGAAAUGAGUUUGGCCAUCCUGAUUGGAUUGACUUCCCUAGAGAUGGCAACAACUGGAGUUAUGAGAAGUGCAGACGCCAAUGGAAUCUUGUGGAUACAGAUCACUUGAGAUACAAGUUCAUGAAUGCAUUUGACAGGGCCAUGAAUUUGCUUGAUGAGGAGUUUUCCUUCCUUGCUUCAGAAAAACAGAUAGUAAGCAGCAUAGACGAAGAUAAUAAGGUAAUUGUAUUUGAGCGUGGAGAUCUGGUAUUUGUAUUUAACUUUCAUCCAGAGAAUACAUACGAGGGGUAUAAAGUUGGAUGCGACUUGCCAGGUAAAUACCAAGUUGCACUGGAUAGUGAUGCUUGGGUCUUUGGUGGGCAUGGCAGGGUGGGCCAUGAUGUAGACCAUUUCACAUCACCUGAAGGAAUACCUGGAGUUGCUGAAACAAAUUUCAAUGGUCGUCCAAACUCUUUCAAAGUACUCUCUCCUCCUCAGGCAUGCGUGGCCUAUUACAGAGUUGAAGAAAGCUUAGACGAAGUCCAAGAUGAACAGCCUGCCACUUUUACUGAGACUAUAUCAACCAAUCUAGUGUUGGUAAGUGAUGACGAUCUUCAAGAAUUGCCCACCGAAAAUCUUCAGGAAUUGCCUAAGGUGGGUAAUAGUGAUGUUGACGGUCUUCAAGAUUUGCCUGCCAUGGGUAAUAGUGAUGUUGAUGAUCUUCAAGAAUUGGGUACUGUGGCUAAUAGUGAUGUUGGGCAAAGCAAGGUGCAAGACCUGGAGGAGAACCCCCCGGAUCUGGAUGAUGAGUCAGAUGAUUGAGGCAGCUAUCUAUCUUUGAGCAUAUAUGUACAUAUGGAAGAGAAUCAAGGUUGUCUUGUUAUGUUUAAUGUUUUUAGAAUGGCUGUAAAUAUAACCUUGUGAAACUAAAUCCAUCUUUUGAAGUUGGUCCUUUGAUGUCUGCAAUAAAGCAAAGGCUUUUAUAAA